GCGGACGUAGCCGCCGAAGCUGUACCACCCCCCGGCGAUCAACCCGUCGCUUCCACCCCGGAUGCAGAAAGCGCCCCACCGGUGACUACAAGCAUGGUUGGGGCAAACGAGAGGCCGCUGAACGUGACUGACGCACUGAGCUACCUCGACGCCGUCAAGAACCGCUUUUCGGAGCGGCCGGACGUGUACAACCGCUUUCUGGAUAUUAUGAAAGACUUCAAAUCGCAACACAUCGACACCCCGGGCGUAAUUGAACGGGUUUCGACCCUCUUCGCGGGCCACCCACAGCUCAUUCAGGGCUUCAACACCUUUCUCCCCGCCGGUUAUCGCAUCGAGUGCACAGUCUCGCAAGAUCCGCUCGACCCCGCGCACACGUCACUCAUCACCGUCACGACCCCGACCGGGACGGUCACGACCAGCUCGGCACCAUCGGCGCCACCGUUUGCGCGCGCGCCCCCGGCCACCGCGAAGGAUAAAGAGAAGCCCAUGACGACUCCUGGUCAGGUGUUGCAGAGCUCGGUCGAGGUUGCGAGCGAGGUCCAUGCGAGAGAGCGCGAAAGAGAGAGGGAUCGCGAGAGAGGACCUGAGGCGAGUGGCAGCGAUAAAAUCCCUGUGCCGAUGGCGGUGGACGACCCUGAGCACUUCCCGCCCGCGCUUCUGUUCGUCCAGAAGCUCCGGACGCGAACCGAUCCUGAGACGUAUGCCAAGUUUUUGAGGAUCAUGAGCCAAGGAGCGGGGCUCUCUCAAGAAGAGCAAUCGGCGAUCCUAGCGCAGAUGGAGAAGCUCGUGGAGAAGGACGCGGAUCUGUACGCGUCUUUCCAGGCGAUCAUGUCCGAAUCGUACAUGUUGCAACACGGGCAGCACCAGCCGGCGCACACGCUACAGCACGAUCGGCGGUUCGUGAGCCCGCCGCCACGCGCUCCGGCGCGGAAGGACAAGGAGCGGACGAGGGAGGCGGACCGCGAGCGCGAACGCGAGAAUGCGCCGGUAGUGCCGGUGAAACGGAAGCGCAAGGUGCCCGAGAAGGAGAAGGAGCGAGAGAGGGAGAGGGAUGUGAGGUCGGAGUCGGGCAGGGACCGGAGCGUUGUUAAGAAGUCGAGAGGACACGAGCGAGAUCGGGAGGUGGCCUCGUCGGCUCGCGAGCGGGACCGCGCAUCCGCUUCUGAUAGAGACCGGUCUCAUCACUACUCGCAGCAGCACCAGCAACCCGCGCAUGGACGUUCCAAUGGGCCCCACGGGCCCGCCGGCCACCCAGUCCAAGAGGAUGGGCACUUCUUCGCGCUCGUGAAGCGCGCGCUCGACUCGCGCGAGACGUACGCCGAGUUCCUCAAGCUCGUUAAUCUCUUCACGCAGGGCUUCAUCGACCGCGGGAGGCUCGUGGCCGAGAGCCGGAGCUUCCUCGGCGACGGCGAACUGAUGGCGCGUUGGAAAGAGAUCCUGGGCUGGGACGAGAAGAAGGAGGUGUUUGGUGGGAUCGCUGGUAUGGGCGCGAUCAACGGGAUUGAGAAACGGGAGCGGGAGGGCCGGCAGACGGCUGGAGCGGAUCGGGAGCGGACGGUGGGGUUGGCGAUGCGCGCCGAUAUGCAUGCUAAGGAAGGCAGCUACAGGCGGCUGCCGGAGAGCGAACGGCACGUCCUAUGCUCCGGACGUGACGACAUGUGCAAGUCGGUACUAAACGACGAGUGGGUGUCACACCCGUCGUGGGCGUCGGAGGACGCGGGAUCGGGCGGGUUCGCGACACACAAGAAGAAUAUCUACGAAGAGGCGCUCCACCGAUCAGAGGAAGAGCGGCACGAGUACGACUUCCACAUAGAGGCUAUCGUACGCACCAUCGCGAUGCUCGAACCGUUGAACCACAAGAUCCUGCAGCUCGCGCCGGACGAGCUCGCGGCGUUCAAGCUGAAGCCCAACCUCAAUGGGAUGGGCAAGGCCGUGCACCAGCGCGUGAUCAAGAAAAUCUACGGACGCGAGGCGGGCGUAGAGGUCGUCCGUGCGAUGCAGGAGACACCGGCGCUCGCGGUUCCGGUUGUACUCACGCGGCUAAAGCAGAAGGAGGAGGAGUGGAAGCGCGCGCAGCGAGAAUGGAACAAGGUCUGGCGCGAGGCGGACGCGCGCAACUACUGGCGCGCCCUUGACUACCGCGGCGUCUCGUUUCGGCAGGCGGACAAGCGCGCGAUGGCGGCUCGGACGCUUGUCAGCCAGAUCGAGGCUGCGCGCGAGGAGCAGAUGGCGCGCCGGGCGCAGUACAUCGACCCGCUCUUUGCGCGGACAAGACCACGGCAUCAGCUCGAGCUCGAGGUGGCAGAGAUGCCGGUGCUGCAGGACGCGAUGAAGCUGAUAUUCUCGUUCUUGGACCGCACUGCGGGCCAGAUCCCGGCUGCUGAUCGUAGGCGGGUAGAGGGCUUCCUGCGCAUCUUCGUCCCACUGUUCUUUAUGCAGGAUGCCACCACGUUCAACGCCGCCUUUGCGGCCGCCAUCACGGUUUCGUCGCAGGAUGCGGAUGCGAGCGACGACGUGGCGAGUGCGGGCGCCACGGAGGAUGCGGAAGUCACCACCGCAGCCAGCAGCUCGACUCGCGCUGCGAGAAGCAGUCGCAAAUCGGCCGGCGCGUCGACGGGUGACCUGCGCAAGCGGUUGUUGAAGAGCGAGCAGGCCAAGUCAAGCAGGAAGACGCGAGGCCAUGGGCAAGAAACUGCCACACCGUCGCCCUCGGGAUCUCGACGAGCGUCCCCUGCGCGAUCGGACGCGAUGGACGUGGACCAGCAAGAUACGCACUUGCGCCACACGGAUGACAUCGCCGCAGUGAAGACGCCGCGAAAGGGGAGCUUCUUCACCAACACGAAUUUCUAUGUCUUGAUGAGGCAGUUGGAGAUGCUGUAUUCCCGUCUCGCGUUCUUCAAGGAAGCAGCUGCGAGACUGGCCGAGAAGCCCGUCGUCGCUGCUCGGCAGAAGGAAGCUCUCGCAAAAGAUCUGGGUGCGACAGCUGCCAACGAAUCCGCGGCCGUUCCAGCGCUACAGGCGCAGGCCGCGCAGUAUUACGACGUCAUGUUGGAUGCGUGCGAGCGGCUGUUCGAUAAUGAGAUCGAAAUGAGCGCGUUUGAGGACCAGAUGCGGUUUAUGUUUGGUCCUAAGGACGCAUAUUCUAUGUUUACCAUAGAUCGGUUGAUAGGGACUAUCGUCAAGCAGACACAAACAACAAUUGCUGACCCUCGCACACCGGAACUCUUUGAAUUGUUGAAGAGAGAACGGCAGAUCUCGAAACCAACCACGCAAGACGCUAUAAACUACCGCAAGAAUGCGGAGAGGGUCGUCGGUCCGGAUGAAAAUCUGUUCCGCAUCGAAUGGCUACCGGAUGUGAAGGCGAUGAGAAUCCAGUUGCUCGGCAAAGAUGACGUCAAUGUCGAUGACCCAGAGGUCAUGAGCGGCCGAUGGGAAGCAUACAUCAGAUCAUUUACCUCCCCCGGAACAACCGCCGGUGUCCCGGAGAACAAGAUCCGCCGGCCGUUCCUGCAAAGAAGCCUGGGACAUGCUCGCGGACGCGAGCAUCCGGUCGCUAAGAUGGAUGUCCUAGGCUCGGACAAGCUCGAGAUUCGUAUUUGCGUUAAAACAUACCGGUUCUUCUACGUGCCGGGCACCGAGGACGUGUUCUGGCGAAGAACUGCGCCCGCGCAAGAGAUCGAGGCUUGCGAGAAGAAGGUGCGACAGAAGGACGAGGUGCGGAACCGGUGGAUCGAAGGUUUCGAGAAGAGGAACCUCAACACCCCGCUGAACACUCCGCCAGCGAAGGAAGAGGAUAAGCAAAUAAAUGCCGCACAAGAGGUCAUCGUGCUGUCAUAGAUUGGUCUUGGUUUGUUUCGAGUGCUUAUGUAUCCGCUUUGCUCGUUGUUUGUUCUCAAUUCUGGCCAGCAUCUAUACUGUAUUUUCGUCGUGUCCACUAGUAAUUCACGUUGCUGUUCGCCGUGCGCAUUGCUUGAAAUGAAUGCUUGUAUUUUUCAUCGAGGCCAAUGUAAGCUCAAGAUUUGCCUAGCUACGCCUGAUUUGCGUUCCCAUACAGUUUCAACCUGCGCUCCUGUGCCUUCGAUGCGACGAGCGAAAUCGGUUACGCCACCGCCAACACCGAAGUAAAAGACCUUGGCAGCAACCAGGCAUAUCGGCCCUGUGCGCUCGUUAUCCCCGAUGCUCAAUCUCGACGUCGCUGCAGUAAGACUGUCCUCGGAAGACACGCUAGCGCGCCGCAUCACGUCGAUGAGGGACCCGACGGUGUCGGUACGGUAGAUCGUCUCCGACGUGAUGAUCAGAUCGUAUGGCGAAGUUAUCCGAGACGAGAAGCUGUCCCAUGAACCGGAGAAGAAUCUGAGGGUGAUGCCUAUGGCGGACAGGGAGGCAAGGAAGGCGGACUUGAGAGCGGGAGUGAAGGCGAUUUCACCAGGGAUAGAGGGAUCCGCAGGUGGAUACGCUUCUGCAGUUUCAUCGUUGGUGUCCUGAUCUGACGCGAUGGCGUAGGAUGAGCGGAAGAGCGCUGACGCCGACGACAUAUACCAUGAUAGGAGGAUGUUGGGUAGGGUGACGAGCUCCAAUACGGAUCGAUUGUAGUCUUGCAGUGAUAGUUCUGUCUUCCGGAUGUGCUCCGGCUUUUUCCCUUCGAAUAGGUUCUUGAGCAGAUACAGCGAGGGUAUUGCCGUUCCACAUCCGAUUUCCAGCACUCUUCUGCCACUAACGGAUGCAGCCAAGUCCUCCCCUCUUGAUUCGUGCAAAUACUCCACGACGUCCAGGCUGCACUCCCAAGUCUUCAGCCCACCCUCGUAAAUGCCUGGGACCAGGUCGGAUGGUGCAUCCACGAAGUCUAGCGUGUUCCCCCUCGCAGCGUCCGAAGGGUCAGAGGAGUUUUCAGCAGCUUCUGCGGGCUCGGCGCCGGUUUGUGCGAUGAGUUGAAAGCGCGUGUCGAACAAAUCUCGUCGGGAGAGCGUCACAUUUCCUCCGGAGGAUAACGGGAUUUGGACAGGAGAAAAAGAUAUAUCAGAGGGUAGAACAUCUAGAAGUUCAGAGAGGGCAAUCUCGGCGCAAUCGUUGUAUGCCU